AUGUCCCGUCCCCGACCGCCUCGCCUCAAACUCACCCUCCUACCACCAACACCACCCACUACCCCCGACAAACAGCAGCGUCUUCCUCCGACCUCUCCCAACCAAACUGCUUGGACCCCACAAAAACCCAAAAGCGUCCGAUUCGCUUUACCUCCUCAAACCCACAAAUCCAAGACAUCCUCGACAUCCACGACAUCCAAAACCCACCACAACCGCAAGCCCAAAACCAAAACCAAGAAAAUCCCCACCAAACCCUACAGCGCUUCACUCAACCGGCUCAUAGCGAGAUAUUACGCCCUCAUCCAAUCCCUCUGCGAGCCAGAUCUCCCAAGCUCCAAGGUGGCUGAUAACAAGCUCGCCUCAGAGACGAGGGGUAAUCUCGCACCUCCUCCAUCCCCCGUCUCCCCCGUCUCCCCCGUUCGAGACAUCCAAAUCCAAAUCCAACAGCGCAAAACCCUUCAAGCCCUCAGGAACCACGCUCACGCCUCGAUCUAUAAGCCUUUGACAGCCAUAGCGCCUGUACUUACACUCCCCUUCUUGCCGAGCCAGGAGGCGGAGAAGGAGGUGAGGAGGGUGUUGAAACGGGCGAAGAGAGGAUUGAAGCUGUUGGAAGGGUUGGUUACGUCGCGGGGUUUAGAGUUGGAGUUGGAUUUGGAUUUGGAUCAGAAGAUGGGGAUGGAAAUGGAUUUGGAUCGAGAGCUUGCCAAGGUUGGGAGUGGUAAUCGCAUGGACCCCGAUCUGGACGGUUCUGGUAGUGCCGACAAGCAUGAUUUUGGGACUGAAUUACGACUCACCGGAGCUGCGGAGUCUCGGAGGGAUUCUCAAGAAAUGAUGGCGAAGGAGAGGGAAAUGGAGGCAAUCCAGGAAGGUGUGGCGAUGAUGAGUCUCGAGGAGACGCGUGGACUUUCACAUCCGCGUGUACCUGGUCGCAAGGCCGAGGGAUUACCAAGCGCUGGACUCUGUGGGACCGGCGCUUAUUGGGAGGGUUUCCAAGGAGAAGCGCACGAUGACAUCGUUGGUCGUGAGGAGCAGGCUCAAGAUGAAGCGGCGCUGACUGACCUGAGCGGGUUGAUGAGCAUUUGA